GUUUCUGAGUGAUGAGAGCCGGGAGGCGGAGCUCCUCGCCGGGACCUGCCUGCUCAUCUGACCGCUCUGAGGAUGCGGAGCGGCGGGGACGCCACCGUCUCCUCCCCGCCGGUCUUCCCUCUUGGUUCCUCCGUCGGACGGACAGCGGCAGAGCGCGGACAUGGCCUCCGACAUGAACAGUUACGGUGAUGAAGACGAUGAUGUCAGCAGCUCCUCUGACAGUGAAGACGAGGUGCUGAAGCAGUUUGAGAUCUCAGUGUCGCGCUCUCAGAGUUUCCGUUCUGCAGCUGCUAACGUCGGCCUGGACGUGUCCCACAAAGCUCCGCUGCAGUUGGGUCGGCGCCACAAGUUCAGCCGCCUGUCAGACCAGGAGGAGGGCAGCACUGAGCCCUCGGACUGUGAAGCAGAGAUGGAGGCUCCGGGCCAGCAGGUCUUCCUGGACCCGCUCUGCGUGCUGGAGGAGACCAGUGUGAGGACGUCCACUCUGUCUCUGGACAAACACGUAGAAGACAAAGCGUCCAGAAGCGGGGACAGUCCCAGCCUGAGUAUGAGCCGGCAGGCUGCAGACGGCAGCGAGGACGCAGAGGACCCUUUGGAUCAGAACCAAGAUGCUGCUGCAGACAGCUCAGAGCUGAAACCAGCUGUCCUCCAGGACGUGUCCUCUCAGCCGGAGUCUUCUUCCCCUCGCACCCCCAUAUCAAAAUGUGGAGACCUGGUCCUGUUUCUGGAGUACCGGCCCGACUCGGAGAGGCUGCAGGUCACGGUGAAGUCUGCCCGGGACAUUCCGGACAGGGCUCGCAGCGGCAUGGACUCCUGGCAGGUGCACCUGGUCCUGCUGCCGUCCAAGAAGCAGCGCCACAAGACGUCGGUGCAGAAAGGCUCGCUGCCGCUCUUCAACGAGACCUUUCGCUUCUCGCGCCUGGAGCCCCCGGACCUGCAGGGGUCCGCCCUCAGGUUCAGGCUGUACGCGCUGGGAGGACGGAUGUCCCGCGAGAGGAUGAUGGGGGAGAAGGUGCUGCGUCUAGCAGGGCUGGACCCAGACGGGGGGACGAUGGAGACCACGCUGGUUCUGGAGCCUCGCAGUAACCUGAAGAGUCUGGACUCCCAGCUGAGUCUGUCCGCCGUGUCUCAGAGCGACAGCGCCUCGUCCACCCAGUCUCUGACCCACGGCGGUGUCCCCGAGCUGCUGCUGGGCCUGUCCUACAGCGCCACCACAGGACGCCUGUCUGUGGAGCUGAUCAAAGGCAGCCACCUCAGGAACCUGGCAACCAGCCGACCUCCAGACACCUACGGGCGGCUGACGCUGCUGAACUCUGUGGGUCAGGAGAUUUCUCGCUGCAAGACGUCGGUGCGCCGCGGCCAGCCCAACCCGGUCUACAAGGAGACCUUCAUGUUCCAGGUGGCGCUGUUCCAGCUGUCCGACYUCACGCUGCUGGUCUCCAUCUACAACCGCCGCAGCAUGAAGAGGAAGGAGAUGGUGGGCUGGGUGGCGCUGGGCCAGAACAGCAGCGGCGAGGAGGAGCAGCUCCACUGGCAGGACAUGAAGGAGGCGCGAGGACAGCAGGUCUGCCGCUGGCACGUCCUGCUGGAGGCGUAACUCCACCCACUGGGCGGGACUUCCUGGUUUCRACCUGCAGGUUCUACAGGUGCAGGGGGCUGGGUCUGAUCCACCUUCAGAGGCUGACAGACUGAAGCCCUGAGGAGUUUACCUUCCUUUACCUUCAGAAACUCCUCCUCCUCCUGACUCUGCUGUCAAUCACUGAGCUGAAAGCUGAUUGGUCGGGACUCAGAGUCCCAACAUCCAAAGAUUGAUCUGUUCCACACGUUCACACACAGCAGAGUUUACACUUAUUUUCACCUAAAACAUCACAUUUAGUCAGAAAUAUCAUUUUAAUUUAAGGAUGGGUCAGAGAGUUCUUCAGAGCUCAGCCUGGGUUUGGGUCUGACUGUUGGAGACAAARCAUGAGGAGUUUUUCAUCUUGCUGUGGAGCUGCAGGCAUGUUGAACAUUAACGCACCUGAGUGAUGGUUCUGCAGAGCUGCAAACACGUCUUUAUGGACCGCUGACAGAAGGCGACGCAUGUUUUAAUCUAAUCUUUUGUUUGGGUUUUUAUAAAUCUGCAAAUGGAAAACAAAACUGCUGUGAUGCUUUGAUGCAUGUUCACCUUUAAAACUGAACCCUUCAAAUAAAAAUAAGUCCGACUAAAGAAACAA